AUGCUCACUUUUAGUAACAUUUCUAAUAAACUUAUCCGAAAUUUUUCAAACUUCCUUGAUUAUGCAGAAAUGAAAAAAUAUACAUAUAAUUCAUUUAGCAAUCAAAAUAAAGAAAGAAACAAAAUGAAUAAUAAUAUGAAAUAUAGAAUGAUUCAAAAAUAUUAUAUUAUAACAAUCGUUUUUUUCUUAUGUCUAUUAGGAAUAUAUGUACUCCCCAAUUCAAAUAAUUUAUCGGAUAAAAAUAUAAAUAUAAGAAACUUAUCAAAUGUAGAGUCAGAAGAGGAAAACCCAGAUCAAGCAGUUAGUUCAAUAUUAGAAUUGACAUGGGGACUUGAUUCUUUAGAUGACCCAGAUUUUCAAGUACUCGUAGAUAAAUGGAGUGAUUUUGAAAAGAGGGUGGAAGCUGAAUGGUAUGAGAUCGAAAGAAUAGAAAUUAGCCAAUUAAGUAAUACAUUAUUAGCAGCUUGGAUAUCAGCCAUUUUAGUAUCUACAAUACCAGAACAACAUUAUGUUAUAUUUAACAACUGGUUCCAAAUGAGCUUAACUUUAUCUCAUCAACGUAAUAUGAAAAAUGAAGAAGAUAAUAAAACAUUAGAAUUCUUGAUGAAAAAAUUGAAAUAUAAAGCUUUGAAUGGACAUAUUAAAAACUGGCAUAUAGAAGUAUAUGAUUAUUGGAGACAUAUUGUACAAAUGAAAAUGGCAAAAAAUAAGGAAUGGGCUAUAUAUAAUAAUGAAAUAUGUAAUACUUGGGUUAAAAGUUUAUUUAAUUAA